AUGGAAGAAUUCCUCAAUGAGUUCGGUGUGAAGCAUGAGUUCUCUGCACCUCAUGUUCCUCAACAAAAUGGGGUGGUAGAGAGGAAGAACCGUUUCUUUUUGGGUUAUCCCUCGAAUGCACAUGCUUAUCGAGUCUUCACAAAAGUUGUUGAAAUUGGUAAGGAUGUGCAGUUCAAUGAAUCUAACGGCUCUCAGGAAGAGGAACUGCCAAUGUCUGUAGAUAUUGAAGAAAUUUCAGGAAAUAUCCAAAAGAUGGCCAUUGGUGAUAUUCGUCCAGAUGAAGUCAAGCAAAGAGUUCGUCUGAAGUACGCUAUCAACUCCCCACGCCCUAUUAAAGUAUUGCCCAGUCGUGGAAAGAAAGUGGUGUCGAAGCCCAAGGCCGAGAAGAAAGAGAAGGUCAAGAAGUUUAAGGAUGUGCCUGCUCCAACUACUGAAGAAAUCUUCGUUUUCUAUUCUUCAGAAGAUGAUGUGGAAGGGGAGACCAAGAUGAAGUGGAAACACCGUCUCCAGCAUAUCAUCCGCAAGCACUCCCAUGUGCUCGCAGCUGAGAUUCGGAGAAGAACAAAGGAAGCAGAGAAUGCCAACAUGUAUUUUUCUGCUCCCAAGCUGGGAAAUUUAAAGAUUGCCCGCAAAGAAGGAGGACCUCACCGUGAGGAAUUCAACAGCAGAGCUCUAAAGAUCAUCAGAGACAUUAACUAUGUUGACAUCUCCAAGAAGCCUAAGUCCAAGAAAUCUUCAGAUGCUGGAGACAGUGACGUUUUCCUGUCUGAACCUGUUGUUGAGUUGCGUGGUCCUGCCAGAGCAUCCAGGCUCAGAGGUUCUUCACUGCCUCCUCCUGUGCCUCGCAACAAGCCUACUGAAGACACUAAGGGCAAGGCAAAGAUGUCUGAGAAGAGAAAGGGCUCUAAAGACGCAGAGAAACCGUUUAAGAAGGAUCUGAAGAAAGUUAAGAGAGCCUCUGCUGUUGGACCUAGUUCUUCAUCGAAAGAUGUUGCGGAUGCUGCCGCAAUGGCUUCUGGAGAGACUCCAUAUCCUCCUCAAUUCGUUCAUAUCGACCCAGUUCUUCUUGCUGCCUUCAAUGAAGGAUCGCUCCCAGAGUCCCUCAUGAGCCAUGUUGAAGGUCUGUUCGUUGCCAAGGCUCAGGCUGAAGAAUGGGAGCAGAACCGUAGCUUACGUAUUGCCAGAAGUUUGGAUGAAGAAGAACGUGCUAAGAAGGAAUGUGUUGAGAAGGAGAAGAAAGAAAAGGAAAUUGCCUUGAAGACUCAAGCUGAGCUUGAGAAGAAGAAGAAGGCUCUGCUCGCUGAGCAAAUGAAGCAAGCAGCCGAAAGUAUGAAGGCUGAUAAGGCUAAGAGUGAUGCCAGGAAGAAAGCCGCCGAGAAAUCUCCUGAAGUACAGGGUGGAAAUGAAGAAGUUGACCGAGAGAAGACUGAAUAUGAGAAGACGAGGGAUGGCGCUCGUGAGAUCCAUCGUGAGAUUGGUCUCAAGCUCAGGAAUGAUCCAGCUGCCCCUUCUGACACUGAAGAAAGUCAGGAUUUACCACUGGCUGUUCUAACCAAGAAAAUCACAAUGACUCGCCAGGCGUCAGAGAUUGCUGAAGUGAACAAGACUGCUAAGGAGUUUGGUCUGAGGAUCAAAGUCCCUGCUGGAAGAAAUCCCUCCACUUCAUCAUCUGUGGCAGAUCCUCGGAAGAAGAAAGCUAUUGACACCCUUGUGCCCGAUACAUCGAGUGUCAAGCUUCCUUCACUCCUUGAGGAACAGGAAGAAGCUGCUUCAUCACCAACAGUACUAUCUGAGCAAACCGCUCAGCUGGAAGAAGGAGAUGAGGUGAACAAUAAUUCAAAAUUCCCAAAUGGCGAGCUAUAA